GAUGCGGUGGGUUGGCCCUGGCGGGGGGCCAGGUGCCCACCGAAGCUGCUCUGUCACUGCCCUCCUCAGCUGGGUGGAGGAGAGAAAAUGCCACCAAAAAGGCUCCUGGGUGGAGAUAAGGACGGGGAGAUCACUUAGCAGUUACCGUCACGGGCAAAACACACUCAACUUGGGGCAAUGAGUUUAGUUUGUUACCAAUCAAGUCAGAGUAGGGCAAUGAGGAAUAAACCCAAAUCUUAAAAAACACCUUAUGCAUAACUCCCCUCCGGAUUCCUCUCCCUCCCCGAGCGGCACAGGGCGAUGGGGCUGCGGUCAGUCCCUCACACGCUGUCCCUGCUGCUGCUCCUCACACCCUGCCCUGCCCCAGCGGGGGUCCCCCCCCGGGCUGCGGGGGGAUCUGCUCCCCGGGGGCUCCCCGGGCUGGGGGCACAGCCUGCCUCGCCGGGGGCUUCAUCACGGCUCCGGGGAACCCCUGCUCCGGCGCCUGGAGCCCCCCCUGCGCUGCCCUGGGUGCCUGCAGGGCUGCUGCUCUCACACGGCCUCGCUGCUCUCUCCCGCUGGUGCAGUCAUGUGAGCAAUGCAGAAGUCAGCGAUCAGAAACCUGAAUCUUCAAGCAUUGGUUCAAACCUUCCCAUGUCCGGUGAGAUUAUGACAUGCACUGAUUAUAUCCCAAGGUCAUCAACUGAUUAUACCUCACAAAUGUAUUCUGCAAAGCCAUAUGCACAUAUCCUUUCUGUACCUGUAUCGGAAACCAUGAGCCCUUACCCUGGUCAGACUCAGUACCAAGCACUACAGCAGUCUCAGCCCUACACCAUCUACCCCCAGACCACGCAAACUUAUGGACUACCUCCUUUCGGUGCACUGUGGCCAGGUAUGAAACCUGAAAGUGGUUUAAUUCAGACUCCAUCUACAAGUCAGCACAGUGUUCUUACCUGCACUACAGGGUUAACCACAAGCCAGCCCAGCCCAGCACAUUAUUCUUAUUCCAUUGAAGCAUCAACUACCAAUGCCAGUCCAGUCUCUACAUCCUCAACUGUUGUCAAUAUUUCCACAUCAGCAGUAGCCAGCAUCUCACAGGAAUAUCCUACAUACACAAUCCUGGGCCAAAGUCAGUACCAGACGUGUUACCCGAGUUCUGGCUUUGGAGUCGUAACGCCGUCGGACAGCAGCACGGAGAGUUCUGCGUUAGCAACAACUACGUAUCCAACCGAAAAACCAAAUGCCAUGGUGCCUACGCGGACGGUGCAGAGGCAUUCCUCCGAUGCAUCCACAAGUCCUUCAUUAUCAAGAGCAACAGCAAGUAAAGAGUUAGAUGAGCAGGCAAGAAAAAACAUCCCUGGGAAGAACAGGGGGAAGAGGAAAGCAGAUACCUCCUCCUCACAGGACAGUGAACUAGAGCGAGUGUUUCUCUGGGACCUGGAUGAGACCAUCAUAAUCUUCCAUUCACUUCUCACAGGGUCUUAUGCUCAAAAAUAUGGCAAGGAUCCAACCCUAGUGAUUGGCUCAGGUCUGUCAAUGGAGGAGAUGAUUUUUGAAGUAGCUGAUACUCACUUGUUUUUCAAUGACUUGGAGGAGUGUGACCAGGUACACAUAGAAGAUGUGGCAUCUGAUGACAAUGGCCAAGAUUUAAGGUGGUGUACUCAUGGAUGCAUGAAGUGUAUAGCUCAUGUAAUCUGUUUUUUGUGGGGACUUCAAACCCAGAUGGGGUUGAGGGAUGGAGGUCAGCAUUGUGCAAGCAACUACAAUUUCUCCACGGAUGGCUUCAGCGGCUCAGGAAGUAAUGCGAAUCACAGCUCGUCAGUCGGAGUCCAGGGUGGAGUGGACUGGAUGAGAAAACUGGCCUUCCGCUACCGCAGGGUACGAGAGAUCUACGACAAAUACAAAACUAAUGUCGGAGGCCUUCUUAGCCCGCAGAAGAGGGAAGCUCUGCAGCGACUAAGGACCGAUAUAGAAGUGCUAACAGAUUCCUGGCUGGAAACGGCAUUAAAGUCCCUGCUACUCAUACAGUCCAGAAAAAACUGUGUGAACAUCCUGAUCACGACCACCCAGCUGGUGCCCGCUCUUGCCAAAGUUCUCCUGUAUGGAUUGGGCGAAGUGUUUCCCAUUGAAAAUAUUUAUAGUGCUACAAAAAUAGGUAAAGAGAGCUGUUUUGAGAGGAUCGUGUCACGAUUUGGAAAGAAAGUCACCUAUGUGGUAAUUGGAGAUGGGCGUGACGAAGAGGUUGCAGCUAAGCAGCACAACAUGCCUUUCUGGAGGAUCACAAAUCAUGCAGACCUCGUGUCCCUUCACCAAGCCCUCGAGUUAGACUUCCUGUAAGAAGUUGGAGCAAAGGCAUGACUGCAGCUCCUGCAAGCCCUCUCCAUCGCUGGGGAGGCAGAAAUCUCAUACAUUUGGGGACUCACUUUUCAGCAUGAUGAAGAAAACAUAUCUAAUGCAACCUGUACCGUAGAACAUGACACCAGGUCAUUUCCUCAGGAGCACAGGCCCUGCCAAGUACAAAGGUGUCCUAUAAAGAUGCUCUAGACUCAGUAGAGCUAGAGCUUGUCUGAAGAAGAGACUUGCAGAAGCCAGCUGAAUUCCUCUAGCAGGUAGUCUCCAGGUGUGAUACAACAGCAGAAGUAUUUGUAAGACUCUUCUCCUUUCUAUUCAGCUUAGUUGUAGAAUCCAAGUAAACACAAAACCUUAUUUUUAUAGAAAAGUACUGAUGGCAGAGCUGAACCUCCCUUGUUUCGCAAAGCCAAAAAGAGCUAUGGUUUUUUUCAUAGGAAAUAUUAAUGAAAAUGUCAAAAAUACCUCUAUUGCUAUGAAAUGUGUCCUCUCUCCUUCCCUGGGUGUUCAAAGCAGUUAAUUUAUUACAAUGUCCUUAUGUUAUUUCCUCAACAUGGGAAUACUGGAAAAUAGAUAAGGGAAUGUUUCUGGGAUACAUGGUUCCUUGUAGAGGUGUUGGUGUUCUGAGUUGAUCCCGGUGGCUUCUAGUCAAUGUGUGCACAAGCCCUGUUAACAAGCAGGAGAUCAUUGGAUUUCAGCUACCCGUGACCCAGACUGUAGAUCCCACAGAUUUUUCCCUGUAAAGGAAAACAGAACUGCCAAUGAACGUUAGAUACAGCACAACACUAUUGCAGACUGCUCAGAUGUGAACAGAGUCCUCUUCUGGAGUUGGAAUAAUCUGAGAGAACUAAAUCCUCAUGAAUGUUACAAAGAAGGGUUAUGGUUAUUAACCUUCACCUCUACUUUCCUGACUCCAUUUGUGAGAGUAAGUUCCUUUUAGUAGAAUCAGAUUCAAUUUUCUUGUAUUCUUCUUUGCAUUAGCCUAACUACAUAGUUAGAAACAAAACCCUUGUUAAGAGGGACUUAAUUUUCUAAGACACUGUGACUUGGCAGCCUGGAGCACACUGGCCUUGUAAGUGAUGGUUAUGCUGAUUUUUUUUCUGCUACUGUCUCGGAAAAAAAGGCUGGAGUUGGUGACCUGCAGUACCACUAGCCAGAAGUAGCCAGCUGGAGACUGGGGGCUGGCACGGGGUGUCGGGUUUGUGCCAGGUCAGGCUGUGUUCAGUGGUAUCUGCCUCCUCCCUGUACCCCAGCGGCACCACAUCAGCAGGUGCCUGGGGUUUCUGCACAAAGGACAGAUGUCUGCUGUGCCCCACCGCCUCUGCUGCUCCUACUGAGCCAGACGCCGCAGCUGCACCCACACCCCUCCAGAUCUGUGGUCUCCAGCACAGUGUCACCUGUCUGGGACCCACAGGGGACUGGUCUGAAAGCAUGUCACUUCAGGGAGGACGCUGACCCACUCAGGCUGUGCCCACAGAAGCAGGUGAUGUUUGCCACAUUCCUUUUGUGGCAUUAAUUACCGGGGAAUGAUUUCCAUCAGUGCUGGGGGAGCUGCUGGGCCAGGUCAGCACACGCUGAGCUGUGCCCCAGGACUGCCUGUUCCUGGGCCAGCUCGUCACCACCGUGGAGCAGAAGGUGCCUAGAGCAAGGGCUGCGGACUCGCAGAGCUCAGGGACUGGACAUGGAGGUCUGUUUCACAUGUUCCUAGCUCCAGUUUUGCUUUUAAAAGAAAAAAAACGAAGUCAGAGGAGAUUCUCCAAGGUGGUCACAGGAGUCAGGGGUGGUCUGCUUUCUGUUCAGCUGCUCGUGGCUGCUGGCCCGGCAGAGCCCCUGGAGCGAGCUGGGGACGUGCUGCCUGGUGCUUGUUGGGUUGAAGAGAAGCAGGAGCCUACAGGGGAUGCUCUCCCACGUGCUGCAUACACAAGGCAGAGAGCUCAGGUGUGUUAGUGGGUGAUCCCACGCAGCCGGUGCAGCGCGUGUAGGUGUGUGUUGAUGUUCCACAGCAGCGUGGGCCCCAUGCAGAGCAGGGAGAGAUGCUAUAGGGCUCCUGCUGGGUCCAUAAAGAGACCAGUUCAUCUGUGGUCCCUGUGAAGCAUCACUACUGCAUCAGCCGAGCAGAUCUGGUAGGACAUGAGCCAGGCCGAGAAGCAGCCCCGUCGCUCCCAGAGUGUGAAAUGUUGCCAGAAGAUCAGGACUUGGGUGCAAUCACAGAAGAGCCUGUGCUGGAUCCUGACCAUCUCUCUGCGGGUCCCCAGUGCGUCCAAAAGUCUCCUGUCAGCAGGCUUGGGAUAUGUCCCAGCUGGUGAAGCAGCCCAUUUGGAGCACAUCUCGUACUGUGGCUGGCUGAGCUUUGGGAUCAAAACCUGUGCCUUAACCUCCUGCCAUCCGGCGCGGCUGAGCGGCCCCUGCACUUGCCCAGCAUCCAAAGGGAGCUGGCAGGAGAGCCAGGCUGGCCCGUGCUGGGAGGUGGGACGUGUUUUGCCCAGGCACUCGCAGCGAGUGCUGGACCCAAGGUACCAAGCAGCCCUGCCACUGACUGGCUUUGCUUUGUGUUUGUUUACUUUAAAAUGUUUUAAGGAAAUUUUAAGAUAUCGGAAAAAUUCUAGCUGAGUGUGGAACUCUCGCAGCCAGUGACAUUUCAUACUGAUAUUUAUACUAUGUUUGCUUGAAUGUAUGUAAAGUACUUUUAUAAUAGGAGGUUGAUGGUACAUUUCUGUGUUUUAUGUUUAAUAAAGGUUGACCUGGCUAUUUUA